CCCCAUCGUCAUCUUCCCCCAAACCAACCAAUACUCUAAAAUAGCCGUAGUCGCCGCUUAUAUCCCCGGACUACCACCAACUUCCUCCACCACCUAUCUGGGUAUGGUGCCCUUCUUAACAAUGUUUUGCCACUUCUCAUCUCCUUUACUCAUCCCACAUUAGCAUUAAAAAAAAAAAUCACCAAUCUUUUUCUUCUAUUUCUUAGAGACUAUUUUCCUCCGCCGUCUUGCUAACAUGCACCUCCUCAAUCAAAUUCUCUUCAAUCACUGCUAGUUUUUGACCCUUGGUCCAAAUCCCCUAGCCCAUAUCCUGCUUUUGAUUGAAGUUUUGUUUUUUGCUCAAAGAUAAGAACUUUUUGGUCUGCAACUUCUCUAUCGCCUUGCUAAGGUACGUGGCCACCACAUGCACAACAGAUCUAUUGAUCAGCGACGUCCGAUUAGCUAACUGACGGUUUUUCUUGGGUGAUGGUCCUCAAAGAAUGAAAGUGAUUUCCAACCAUUUUUCAGCUUCAACCUCCACUGCGGAUUUCUCUCUUACAAAAGAUAAAAACAACUCUCGUCAAUUUCUAUCUUCCAGUUCCAGUUCCUUAAGUACUGUACAAUUUAUCCCACCAAACAAGCUAUAAUGGCCAAUCGUGAUGUUGAAGAUCCGCUGCUAGCAGAACCUGUGGAUUCUUCACGCCAAUCUAAUGGAAACAAUUCUUUGAAGAGAAGAAAGUAUCGUCGUUCUAGGAGUAUCCCGACUGAGGAUGUCUGUGCAGGGCAAACCAGUGUUGAAUCACUUCAACACCCAGAGUCGAUUUUUGGAAAUAAGAUCCAUUUCAAGCAAGUACUUGCGUUACUGAGCGCAUAUUUAGGUGUAGGGGUCUUCUGUUUCUUCCUUGUUCGAGAUCAGAUCAAGGGGCAGAAGACGAAUGUAAUUCUUGAUGCCGUUUAUUUCUGUGUCGUUACAAUGACAACCGUUGGAUAUGGGGACCUUGUUCCUGAUAGCAUCUUGUCAAAACUCCUUGCUUGCAUCUUUGUGUUUAUGGGAAUGGCACUUGUUGGAUUUCUACUAAGCAAAGCAGCAGAUUACAUAGUCGAAAAGCAGGAAACUCUUUUGGUUAAGGCCAUUCAUAUGCGCGAAAAAUAUAGUGCCAAUGACAUUCUCAAGGAAGUUGAAACCAACAAAGUCGAGUACAAAUUUCUUACGGCCCUCAUUUUUAUUAUAAUCCUCAUCGUCAUUGGAUCAUUAUUCUUAUACGGAGUAGAGGGAUUGAAUCUUUUCGAUGCCUUCUAUUGUGUUUGUGCUACUAUCACGACGCUCGGGUAUGGGGAUAAGAGCUUCUCAACUUAUGCAGGGCGUAUAUUUGCUUCUUUUUGGAUACUUAUAAGCACCAUUUGUUUGGCUCAGUUCUUUUACUGUCUAGCGGAAUUAUAUACUGAGAGACGACGAAGAUCACUGGUUAAAUGGGUACUUACAAGGAAGUUAACAAUCUCAGAUCUUGAGGCAGCAGAUCUCGAUAAUGAUAAAGUUGUUAGUGCUGCAGAGUUUGUUGUGUUUAAACUCAAAGAGCUGGGGAAGAUAAGCGAGGAAGAUAUCGAUAUGGUGAUGGAGGGAUUUAAAUCUCUAGACGUUGAUCAAUCAGGAACACUUACGAAAGCUGAUUUGGUUAACCCCGAAUCACCGAAUUCUUAGUGAUGGUAUGGCUCCUAUGUUUUACCCCUAAUUUCUACCUCGUAAAGUAAACCAAAUGUUUCUAUUUAGUUCUAUGUAUACAUUUGAAUCACUACGGAAAGAAAUGAAUCAUCUAAAAGGUAUGUCGGAA